UUGGGUUCAUCAAAAUAAUCAUUAUUAACGAUUUAUCAUGAACUUGUGCAUCACGUCAUGUGAAGGUGACUGCAGAAAACAAACAUGGCGUCGAAAGCAGUGGCACGAUUGCUCGGAAAAUCAUCAUGGGGUGUUGUGCAGAGAAACUUCUCUACCACUGUCUCAAGGGCAGCGACGCAGAUGACGGUGCGAGAUGCCCUGAAUUCCGCCAUGGAUGAGGAAAUAGCUCGGGAUGAGAAGGUUUUCUUGAUGGGGGAGGAAGUAGCUCUCUAUGAUGGCGCCUAUAAGGUUUCCAGAGGACUGCAUGCUAAAUAUGGCGACAAAAGAAUAAUAGAUACCCCAAUUACAGAGAUGGGAUUUGCGGGUCUAGCUGUUGGUGCAGCUAUGGCAGGACUAAAACCAAUUUGUGAAUUCAUGACCUUCAACUUUUCAAUGCAAGCUAUAGACCAAGUUAUCAACUCAGCGGCCAAAACCUUCUACAUGUCAGCAGGGACGGUCCCGGUUCCGAUCACGUUCCGCGGCCCUAACGGUGCAGCUGCUGGGGUAGCGGCCCAGCACUCCCAGUGUUUCGCCUCGUGGUACAGUCACUGCCCGGGACUGAAAGUUGUCUCCCCUUUCAGUCCAGAGGAUUGUCGAGGAUUGCUCAAGUCAGCCAUCCGUGACCCCAAUCCGGUGGUAUGUCUGGAGAAUGAGAUUAUGUAUGGUUCCUCCUUUGAAAUCUCAGAUGAAGCACUUUCACCCGAUUUUCUCAUCCCCAUAGGAAAAAGUAAAAUAGAAAGAGAAGGAAAACACAUAACCCUAGUGUCACACUCUAGAUACGUAGGACACUGUUUAGAGGCAGCCAAUGAAUUAGCAGGAAUCGGAAUAGAAGCUGAAGUAAUUAACCUAAGAACUCUGAGACCAAUGGAUGAUGCCCCCAUUAUCCAGUCAGUCAUCAAAACCAACCACCUGGUGACAGUGGAGGGGGGCUGGCCGCAGUGUGGGAUAGGGGCGGAAGUCUGUGCCAGAAUUAUAGAAAGUCCGGCCUUUAACUAUCUGGAUGCUCCGGUCAUGAGAGUCACAGGUGCAGAUGUACCUACUCCGUAUGCAAAAACACUAGAAGAUAACUCUUUCCCUCAGGUUUUUAACAUCGUUAACACCGUCAAACAAUCGCUCAACGUUUCCUAACAGAGCUCAAAGGACUUCCUAGGACAAACAGUUAAAGUUCAAAAUUGUAUUGUGAUAGAAAGUAUUGUUUAUGGCAGUUUUAUAAAUUAUUUGUUUCCUUUAGACAUUUUGUCUGGAUCUGUUAUUUUAUUGUGUAUUUUUUUAAAGCAUGUUGUAGUAAAAUAAAAAUUAGGAUUAUUUUUUUAGUUACCAAAAGUAAGAUAUGUUGUUAAGGCUUGUCAUGAAGAAUUUUAAAAUGAAGUAUACUUUAAACAAAGGUCGCAUUAGAAAUAAAAGUUUAUAAUACUU